ACAGGAGAAUUUGGGCAAGCUGAUGACUAACUUGAGGAGCACCCAUCCUCACUUUGUGCGCUGUCUGAUUCCCAAUGAAUCAAAGACUCCAGGUCUGAUGGAGAACUUCCUGGUCAUCCACCAGCUCAGGUGUAACGGUGUGCUGGAGGGUAUCAGAAUCUGCAGAAAAGGUUUCCCCAGCAGAAUCCAGUAUGGUGACUUCAAGCAGAGAUACAAAGUAUUGAAUGCUAGUGUCAUCCCAGAAGGCCAAUUCAUUGACAACAAGAAAGCCUCAGAAAAACUGCUGGGAUCCAUCGAUGUGGACCAUACUCAGUACAAGUUUGGCCACACUAAGGUGUUCUUCAAAGCCGGCCUGCUGGGUACUCUGGAGGAGAUGAGAGAUGAGAAACUGGCUGAACUGGUCACAAUGACUCAGGCUGUCUGCAGAGGUUUCCUAAUGAGGAGAGAGUUUGUCAAGAUGAUGGAGAGGAGGGAGGCCAUUUACUCCAUCCAGUACAACAUCCGCUCGUUCAUGAAUGUCAAAACAUGGCCAUGGAUGAAGCUGUACUUCAAGAUUAAGCCUCUGCUGAAGAGUGCAGAGACUGAAAAAGAGAUGGCCCAAAUGAAAGAGGACUUUGAAAAGACCAAAGAGGACCUAGCAAAGGCUCUGGCUAAAAAGAAAGAACUGGAGGAGAAGAUGGUUUCUCUGCUCCAGGAGAAGAAUGACCUGGUGUUGCAAGUGCAGUCUGAAAGUGAAAACCUCAGCGAUGCAGAGGAAAGGUGUGAGGGGCUCAUUAAAGCAAAAAUCCAGCUUGAGGCCAAAUUCAAAGAUACAGCUGAGAGACUGGAGGAUGAGGAGGAAAUGAAUGCUGAGCUGACAGCAAAGAAGAGGAAGCUGGAGGACGAGUGUUCUGAGUUGAAGAAAGAUAUUGAUGACUUGGAGCUCACCCUGGCCAAAGUGGAAAAGGAGAAACAUGCCACCGAGAACAAGGUUAAAAACCUGGUUGAGGAAAUGGCUUCUCAAGAUGAGACCAUUGCCAAGUUGACCAAAGAGAAGAAAGCCCUCCAAGAGGCCCAUCAGCAAACACUUGAUGAUCUCCAGGCAGAGGAAGACAAAGUCAACACUCUGACCAAGGCCAAGACAAAGCUGGAGCAGCAAGUGGACGACAUUGAAGGUUCCUUGGAGCAAGAGAAGAAGCUCCGUAUGGAUCUUGAGCGUGCAAAAAGGAAGCUGGAGGGAGAUCUGAAACUGGCCCAGGAAUCCAUAAUGGAUCUUGAGAAUGACAAGCAGCAGUCUGAUGAGAAAAUAAAAAAGAGGGACUUUGAGAUGAGCCAGCUUCUCAGCAGGAUAGAAGAUGAACAGGCACUUAGUAUUCAACUUCAAAAGAAAAUCAAGGAACUGCAGGCUCGUAUUGAGGAAUUGGCUGCCAUGAUGGCAGAAGAGCUGAAGAAGGAGCAGGACACCAGUGCUCAUUUGGAGAGGAUGAAGAAGAACCUGGAGGUGACAGUGAAGGACCUGCAGCACCGUCUGGAUGAGGCUGAGAGUCUGGCCAUGAAGGGCGGCAAGAAGCAGCUCCAGAAACUGGAGUCUAGAGUUCGAGAAUUGGAGGCUGAAUUUGAUGCUGAACAGAAGCGUGGUGCUGACGCUAUCAAGGGAGUGCGAAAAUAUGAGAGAAGAGUAAAGGAGCUCACCUAUCAGACUGAGGAGGACAAGAAGAAUAUUGCCAGACUUCAGGAUCUGGUGGACAAGCUGCAGCUGAAAGUGAAAUCCUACAAGCGACAGGCUGAGGAGGCUGAGGAGCAGGCCAACACUCACCUGUCCAGGUACAGGAAGGUGCAGCAUGAGAUGGAAGAAGCUCAGGAGCGUGCUGACAUCGCCGAGUCCCAGGUCAACAAACUGAGGGCAAAGAGUCGUGAAAUUGUGAAGACCAAGGAAGCAGAGGAGUGAGGAAGAAAUUAAGGCUAUACAGUAACAAGAAGCAUACAAUAUGAGUAUCUUGUCACUGGUUCACUCCAAUAUGUUAAACAUGCUGUGAUUACCAAUAGUCAAUAAAAGGUAGAUAGUUUGUUGCAUC